CUCCACUCCAUUGUCCUCAUAUAAACAAAUAGGAUUAAUAUAUUUCAUCAAAAUAAUUCUAAUAAUAGGUAGAUGACUUUUUAUCAUAGAACUUCCUUAAAACUUACAAUAUCUUUCCAUAGGAUCGUUGUCUGAUCUCUUCUGAAUCUUGAAUAAAUCAUAGUAAAUUAUUAGAUGAAAUCAGUAUAAAAAUGAAGUUGAACUGGAGUGUAUAUAGAUUAUCGAAGAAUAUAUAAUAAAAUACCGUUUAUAUUUUUGGGAGAUUGUUUAGAUAAGUAAUUUUAAGUGGUUCCUUAUCCUGAAUACAUCAGCCUUCAAAAAAGCAUAUUAGCGGGUACAUAAAGGAUUAUCCGAAAAAAUAUGAGAUAAUCCACUUCCACAACUAGCAUUUUCCAAUUUGAACACUCAAAAUGUCUAUUGGAAGUAUACCGAGAGCUUUAAGUAUAGAAUAUUUAGACAUCAAAACUCACAAUGUCAAACAGAAGACACUUAAAGAAAAAAUCAAGUUCGUCCUAGCGAACAUCACGUUGGAACCUUUCAUGUUUACAUAUGCUCUUUCGUCUGUUUUAACUCAAAUAACAAACACCAACUUCAACUUAGAAAAAGCAUGUCGCGUUCAACUACAGUACAAUUCUUCAAUAUGCGACGCCAUGAGAUACAGAAAUAAAUCAGGUUAUGAAGAUUAUCAGGAAAUAGAGGUACAAAGUCUUGCAUCGACUAUGGCAGCCUUCAAAUUGAUAUGUAUGGGCAUAUUCCCAUCUAUCUUGAUGCCAUUUUUUGGAUCUUGGAGUGAUAGACAUGGCAGGAGAAAACCUCUCUUAGUUAUUCCACUCAUCGGAGAGUGCAUAACAUGUUUAUGUUUGUAUAUAUGCGCGCAUUUCUUCUACGAAUUACCAUUAAUUUUCAAUGCUCUGAGUGAAACACUACCCUAUACACUCAGUGGGGCAUGGUUUUGUACUCUUAUAGGUGUCUACAGCUACGUUUCUGGUAUCAGUUCUCCAGAGAAUAAAACAUUAAGAAUUGGAUCUUUAGUCAUGUGUUUAAAUGUUGGAAUAACUGCUGGAAUCUUUCUCAGUGGAUGCUUGAUUAAUCUCAUAGGUUUCAAGGCCAUUUAUUUGUCGUCGUUCACGUUGUCAUUGAUAACAUUGUUUUAUUGCUUACUAAUAGUUAAAGAUAAUCAUAUACAAAACGCAGAGGAGAAACCAAGAGGUUUUCUGACAGACUUCUUCCAUAUUGAACAUGUCAAGAGCACUUUUCAAAUGUGCUUCAAAACUGGGCCAAAAAAUAGAAAGAAGAAAAUGAUUAUCAUUAUGAUAUUAUGCAUGCUGAUACAAGGACAAUUUCAUGGCGAAUAUGCUGUUUUAUAUCUUUUCACGAGAAUAAAAUUCAAAUGGGAUGAAGUUGACUACAGCUAUUACAAUGGUGUCCAUUUUUGCAUACAAACUUUGGGUACCAUUUUUGCCAUGAAAUAUUUCAUCAAAUAUCUUAAAAUGGAUGAUGCAUUAAUUGGCUGCAUUGGUGUUGGUGGGAAAUUGUUAGCAUGUAUCAUUUAUAUCCUAGCUCCAUCUGCCAUCUACUUCUACAUUGGUGCAUUUGUUGACAUUUUUCAUGGUACAGUUCAUGUAGUUCUGAGAGCAUUGAUGUCCAAAAUUGUUUCUUCGGAAGAAUUGGGUCAGUCAAACUCUGUCUUUGGAAUUUGUGAGGCUGCAAUGCCUCUUUUAUCUGGUCCCUUGUACUCAACGAUUUACAAUUAUACGAUUAAUGUAUUUCCAUCAUCAUUCUUCAUGUGUUCGUUUGUUUUCUUGCUAUUCUCGCUCUUUUUAUUCGGGUGGUUUUAUACUAUAAAUAGGAAAGAGACAAUUUUCGUGGAGAAGAUAAAGAAAAAUAUAGAACAAGAAGAAAAUCUGCUGAAAAAGGCGUGUUCCAUUGAGAUGAUAAAGUCUAUGGAGAAACUGAAGAAUAUAUCUUAGCCAAGAAUAUUGAAUGUAAAUGCUGGUUUCACAGCAUUCAUCAAAUCAACAUAUAUUGCAGCAUAAAAAUUGUGCUCACCAAUAAUUUAGUUAUAAUACAAAAAGUCAAUCGUCCUGCAAGAUAUAAUAGGUACAAGUUUAUAUUAAAUCUACUGCAUGUUUUAUAUGAAAAGAAGUCGCUGGGAUAUGAAGAAGAAUGUGCUAUUUUUGUACAUCUAAUCUACAUAAAUGGUUCAACUCGUAUUGUGCUGCUUGUGGAGCAAACACUAAGCCAAGCUAUGAGGCCAAGUUUAAUAAUCAUCUGAAUAUAUUUCAUUGCAUAUGUAAUGCCUCAUUGAAUAGUUUCAUUUCAAUAGUCGCUAGGAAAUACCUAUAAUCGAACCGAUUGAAAGAAAUAAUUUUAUACAUUGAUACUCGAAUUUGUCAAUUGAGUGAAUCACUCAAAAAUAAAUUACUAACAUAUGUGAACAA